AUGGGACUCUUGAGCCGACUUCGCGGGCGUUCCAAGAGCCAGAGCCGUGCGGGGAACGCCGUCAGUUACGACCACCUCCGCAUGAACCGCGACGUCCCUCCUCUGCCUUCAUACCUUGGGGACCUCACCAAACGGCUGCCGCCACCAGUACUCGCGCGGAUAUUCUCGUUCGUUUGCCCGCAUGCUGUCGAUAACUCUUACGAUACCUCGGAAGAAUCCAUGACCGAGGAUGGCUGCAUGCUCUGUGACAUGCGCGAUCUGGCGCACUGCGCGCUGGUGUCCCGCCGUUGGCACCCCAUUGCUCAGUCAUUGCUGCAAGUCCACGCUCCUCAUACCAAUGUCCUGAAGCGAUCUAAUAUUAGUAGAUACUCUCACGUCCGUAUCGACGCCGUCCACUACUGCGAACUUGAAGAGAUCCUUGCAGCGAAGCGCAAGCGCCGCUCCCGCUUCGACCGCAAUGCCGACCCCAUUGACCCUCCACAAGUGCGCCUCUCCCUCUUCAUGCGCUCAGUGCGACUCUCCCGCGACCUCGGAAACCAAGUCCUCUCCCUUCGCAUGCCCUAUAUGACGCGCGAAGCCAAUAAGGCCGAAAUCGCCCGCACCAUCUCUGUUCUCCCAAACUUGCGCUACGUCGACCUCCCCUCAGGUAUCUACACCGACGACCCAGCCUGUCUAACGUUGAAGCAAGAGCUCAUGGCACGCUGCCCGGACUUGCGCCGUAUGACCUACCGAUCCGGCGCAGAGGGUUCCUUUGCACAGCUCCCCAACUCCCAGCUCUGGAGUAACCUCGAGAUUCUGGAGCUGCAGGAACUUGAGAUCGAGCCAUCAACGCUCCGCCUCUCCCUCGCUUCCUUCCCGUAUCUUCGAAACCUUACAAUCGAUAAUACGCCCUAUCUUGACGACUCCAUCUUCGCGUCAGACCAGUCCCAACUUCCGCCCUUUCCCGCCAUCCAACGACUUACCCUCCGCAAUACACCAUCCAUCACAAUAACGGGCUUGAUAUCUUUCCUCUCAAGUCCUCUGCUUCGCAAAAACCUUACCCACCUAACUCUCUCCUCAACUGGUGUCGCCCCCGCAACCCUCCACACUCUCUUACAGCACACACCAAACCUGCAAGGUCUUGAAAUCACGCAAGAGGUCACCCGCUCGUUUCCCGCUGAAAAAGUACCCCCCCUGGCCUCAAGUACACUCCGCCUCCUGCACUACGAAAUCACAUCCCCGCCGGGCUCUUACGGCGUGCCCCCCAAGGCAGCAAGCUAUUACACCUAUCUCAUCUCCACGCUAAUGUCCAAUUCCCUCCCCGCCCUAACAGACCUUUACGUCCGUGACGCGGAUUUUCCCGAGGCGCUGCUAUUAGCCCCGCCCCCACGCCUGUACGGAGGAGGCGAGUCGGGGCCGCAGUUCAUGGGUGGUGGUCUUGUGAGGCCCUUGAACGUGUAUAGUAAGGGUCUUGAUGAGCUGGAAUGGAACUUCACGCCGUACGAGCCGCUUGGUCCGUCGACAGGUGGAAGAAGAGAUAGCGUGACGCGGCCGGUGAGUUUUCAUGGGGCAUCACUUAGUCGAAGUUGGGGCGGUGAUGCGAGGAAGAGUGUGCUUGUUGGGAAUGGGUUUGGGGGGUUUUUGGCUGUGCCGGUUGAUGAUGGCAGGCCGAAGAGUAGUGGUGGGUUCAAGAGGGACAGUCGAGGGGAUCUGUGGCGGUAG